CAUUAAUUCCUGGUGCUGUUGAGUCUUCCAGAGAGUCACACAAACAUCUAAAGAUGCCUGUCAACUACAGCGGGACAUGGGACAUUGUCAGCAAUGUCAAUUUUGAGGGAUACAUGGUCUCACUUGGCAUUGAUUUUGCAACACGCAAGAUUGCCUCGAUGUUGAAGCCUCAGAAAGUGAUUAAGCAAGAUGGAGACAGUUUCACAAUCAGGACAUUCACUACUUUCAGAAAUUACGAGUGUUCAUUCAAAAUUGGAGAAGAGGUCACAGAAGUGACUAAAGGGAUGGACAACAGGUCAUGCCAGACUGUGGUGAACUGGGAAAAUGAUAAGCUGGUGUGUGUUCAGAAAGGAGAAAAGAAGAACCGAGGGUGGACUCACUGGAUUCAGGGAGACGAGCUUCAUCUGGAACUUACUUGUGAGGAUCAAGUCUGCAAGCAAGUUUAUAAAAGGACUCUGUGAUCUAGUUUUUUUUCUAUUUUGUGUUUAUUUUGAUCUUUCACUUCAGUACAAUCACAACAUGGUAUAUUUCCAGUUGACAUAGCGCUCAUUACAAUCACAAAAUGUUUUAACAAAUGCAAGUAUGAACAAUUACUUGAUGUGUUUUAAGUAUAACUUGUACUCUAGAUUUGUUUGAUUGUUUCAAAAUUUAAUUUCUUUUCCUCUUUUGUGAUCUUGUUUUUUUAAAACCAUGUCAGACUUCAGAGAAAUGCAUUCACAGUAUUGAAUGAAAAUGAGUUGGCAUAAGCCACACAAUGUCUCAUAUGCUUUAUAAAGAGCAUGUCAUUUGAGUGUAAUAGACUAGGAGUCUGAUCAAAUCAUAGACUGUUAAUUUUAAUAUCUACAGUCAAUGGAUUAAAUUCUUAAACAUUACAGUACCUCCUCCGGGCCACAAGGUGGUUCUGUAUAUUAAACAUGCACUUAAACUCA